UGAGGUUACAUGAAAAAAAAUGUAAAAAUAUAAUAUAGUUUGAAAUCGUUGUGUUAAUCUAGACACUUUUGCACGUAAAACAUACGCUGCUGUUCCGACUUCGGUUCUAUGACGUCACACGCAUAUUUUCAAACGCCUGUACUUCAUUAAAUAAAUAGUGUUAAGUAUGAGACCCACACCAUAUUUUUUAGAUAAUGACAUACUUUAAAUCUAAGCAAACUUGUUUUUAGCGUUGAGAUGUCCUUUAAUAAUAUUGCAUUUACUCAAUUGAGUUGUCUAUUCGAUAGAAUUGAAUACUCCCAGUCUACAUUUUAUGACUAACAUUUGACUUUUUAAGAUCUACUAAUGUCAUUUUAAUAAUUAUUCCUUCAUUUAUUUACCAGAGGAAUAAUGACUUCUACAAAUCAUUCAGAUUUUCGGGUUGCCAUAUUACAACUGACCGUUGUAGCCCACAAACCAACAAACGUGGCCAUUGCAGUGAAACGAAUACAAAAAGCACAGAUUAAUGGCUGCACCUUAGUCAUUUUGCCUGAAUGUUUCAAUUCUCCAUAUGAUACUGCUCUGUUCAGGCAAUACUCUGAAGCUAUUCCUGGUGGUGAAACAUGUAAAGCUCUGUCUCAAGCUGCCAAAUCAAAUAAAGUGUAUAUUGUUGGAGGUUCAAUUCCAGAGAUAUGUGAUGAAAAAAUUUACAAUACAUGUACAGUUUGGGAUCCUGAUGGAAAUAUGAUAGCCAAACAUAGAAAGGUGCAUUUAUUUGAUGUCAACAUACCUGGUAGUACUUGCUUUAAAGAAUCAAGUACCAUUUCUCCAGGUAAUUCACUUAAUACGUUUCAAUUGGGGAAAUUUAAGAUUGGAUUAGGCAUUUGUUACGACAUACGAUUUUCAGAGAUGGCAGCAUUGUAUAGAAAACAAAGUUUGUUAUUUAAAUGUGAUAUGUUAAUAUACCCUGGUGCCUUUUGUACGGAGAUCGGACCAUUGCACUGGAGUUUAUUAACUAGGUUUAGAGCGAUGGAAAAUCAAGCAUUUGUAGCUGUUGCUUCUCCGGCCAGAAAUACUGAUUCUAGUUAUGUAGCAUGGGGUCAUUCAAUGAUUGUGGAUCCAUGGGGUAAAGUUAUAGACGAAGCUACUGAAAAGGAUAUGGAUUUAUACAUAGAUCUUGACUUUGGUAUACGAGCAAACAUAAGGCAGCAAAUACCCACAGAAAAUCAGAGAAGAACUGAUAUAUAUGAUACAAUUUAUGUGGCAAAUAAUGAAAAAAAUAAAUGAAAGUUGAUCUGUUUAUGAAAAUCAUAAUUAAUUAUUAUAUAAAUGACUUGAAACUGACCAAGUUGUUAUUUGAAGCACUACAAUCAAUUAAUUACCUAUGACAUAAUAUUCAUUAUUAAUAUAAUUAAAAUAACAUGUUUAUAAAAUUUAAUUAAUAUAUUCAAUGACUUUAGUAU